AUGUCAUACAGGAGAAGACGAAAUUUAUUUCGAACAUAUAUCAAUAGAAUAUUAUGUACUCUGAUUUUCUUGAUUCUUUUUGCUCUGCAAUACUCUGCUGUUAAACAUCAGAAAUCGACGGUCCUCGACACAAAUGAUUACAUCCCAUCGGCUGAUAUCAGCUCGGAUGAGUGUGAACUAUCCAUGGCUGACUCUGAUGGAUGGUUUUGUGACUUGACAUCAAAUUGGCUACGUCGAAAAUCGAUUCACCAAGCUCAAAACAAACGCAAUCAUAAUUCCGAUCAGCGAAAGAUGUUCUUUCAAAAUAAUUGGGAACCAACAAUACAUUGUUCGUUCGAACGACGCAUCGGUAAUACCGGUGACGGUGGCAAAUGGGUUUGUGACAUUCAUCGAUUUCAGCAAAUGAACGACACUAAUCUAUUGGUGUACUCAUUUGGUUCGAAUGACGAAUUCAGUUUCGAAGAAGCAAUUAAACAUGAAUUUCCCAAUGCAGAGAUUCACACAUUCGAUACAGGAUUAUUUCAAUGCCCGCAAAAUGUCUGCUCUUUCCAUCGAGCUCGUUUAGGUGGUGGAAAGAAUGAUGGCACAAAAUCAAUCGAGAUGAUUAUGAAAGAUCUUCAUCAUCAACAUCGACAGAUCCAUAUCCUGAAAGUCGACAUUGAAGGUAGUGAAUAUGAUCUAUUCACAGAAUUAUUUCGUCGAUCAAGGAAACAACAUAAGAUCAUUCCGUACAUUCGGCAGAUUCUAUUCGAAAUCCAUCUCGACGAAAGUUUCGAUAACGAAGUAGUCCAACGAGCGCAUCAUCUGUUUGAACUAUUCCGUGCAAAUAACUAUGCUAUAUUUCAUAAAGAACCGAAUAUGUACACCCCGCUUGACGUUUUUGAAUACGGUAUGAUACGAAUGAACGCAUCGCUUUUUAGGUAA